GCAAUUGAGGUUGUUAUGUACGGAACGUUACGUCAAUGAAGCGACGGGUCGUUUUCAGUGAGUCGGAUUCAGAUGAUGAAAUCAAGACCAAGGAAACGACUACAGUAAAGCAGAGCACGAAGCGAUAUUCCGAGAAGAAAAGGAAAUGCACAGACGUCGAUGAUAAUCAAAUAUCCUGCCGUGAUAACUCCCAGCAGUCAAUAAUCGACGCUUUACGACGACAGCAAGAGUUAUGCAAGAUCUCCCGUGGCAAGAAAGCAAAUACUAUUGAAGCGUACUUCUCACAGUCUGUGAAACCUAAGAAGAAUGUAGUUUCCGUUGAUGAAUUCUUCGGAUCAUCUGGAAAAAAAUCAAAUACCAAGCCUUCUGCUGUCGUCAGCACACCACCUCAUUCACCGAUGGAGAUCAUCCCGGAUACACCAAUAUUAUCUCCGAAAACACCUUUGGGGAUCAGAGAAAGUUAUAAAAGCUCACCCCAAAUCAAUGUUAUCUCGGAGAGUGUGAAGACAACUAGUAAUCAAACGUCAUCCAUGGCUAAUGAAUCUCUUAAUGAUAGCACUGAUACUGCUGUAAAAGAUCGAAAGCAUUUUUGGGCCUACAAAGCUCGCGAUGGUCCUCGCAGUCUUGGGUCAAGAGAAAUUCCAAAGGGAACUCCGGAUUGUUUAAAGGGACUAAACUUUCUCAUCACUGGAAUACUAGAGUGUAUUGAACGAGAAGACGCUGCAAAUCUUAUUCAGAAUUGUGGUGGAAAAGUUUUAAAAACAUUAGGUAAAAAGACUGAUUAUCUCGUUGUCGGACGUGAACCUGGUGCAGCCAAAAUUGAGAAGGCUAACAAUUUGAAAAUUAAGCAGAUUACCGAAGAACAUCUUUUUGAAAUGAUAGAAAAGUCCAGUAAUAUUCCUCUUGUAAAUCAUAAAUCGAAUGUAUCCAGCUCAGAAUCUUCCAAGAAAUUGGAGCCUGCAGAUGCAAACGAUAGUAAACAAAAUUUAAAAAGUCCUAAAAAAUCCCCUAAAAAGAAUCAAUCUACCAAAUCACCGGAUAAUGCUCCUAAAUCUCAUAAACAUGAAUCUCCGAAUAAAUAUGCAGAAAAAUCUGUUGUGUCCUCACGUAGUGAACUUCCUCUUACUGCACGUCCUGUUUUAACUAAUAAUUCAACAUUCAGUAAUAAAACUGAUCGAAGUCAUAGCAGUGGUUUAUCCAAAACUCCUACUAAUGUCAUCGAUAAGCAAGAUUCCCUGUCCAAGGAAAUGAGUUCGAAGUUGUCUGAAUUAUGGGUUGAUAAGUAUAAACCAACGUCUAUUCGCUCACUGAUUGGUCAAAACGGUGCACAAAGUCCAGCCAAUCGACUUUUAAGUUGGCUAUCUUCCUGGCACUCGAGUUUUUCAGCAGGUUUAAAAGCGAAGGCUUACUCAAGUGCCCCUCCAUGGGGCCCAUCAUCUAGUGAUGAUGGGAAGUGGGCGCGCGCAGCACUUCUUUCGGGACCUCCAGGGAUUGGCAAAACAUCAACCGCUAUUUUAGUAUGCAAAGAACUCGGUUAUACUUAUUGCGAAUUUAAUGCAUCCGAUUGUCGAUCCAAGCGGUGUUUAAGUGAAGAAAUAGGACAGUCUUUGGGUUUACGGAAUUUGUCACAUAUGGCGUUUGGUCAAGCAUCAACAUUAAAUUCUGGUCGUCACGUUUUAAUUAUGGACGAAGUAGAUGGUAUGGCUGGUAAUGAAGAUCGCGGAGGAAUGCAAGAACUUAUUAACAUGAUUAAAAUUACUCAAUUACCUAUUAUUUGUAUGUGCAAUGAUCGUCAGGCUAUAAAAAUACGCUCCCUGGCUAAUUAUUGUCUCGAUCUAAGAUUUCAUCGUCCACGAGUUGAACAAAUAAAGUCAGCAGUAUUGUCUAUUGCUUGCAAAGAAAAUGUGAAUUUGCCUCCGGAUGUAUUAACAAAUAUUAUCGAUUCUAGUAAUCAUGAUAUUAGACAGGUAAUUAAUAAUGUUCAAAUGUGGUGUAGUUCUGGUUUAAUUGAUUCCGAAGGAUUAAAAGCGGAUGCAUUAGGUGCACGUAAAGAUCUACACUUAAGUGCAUUUGAUGUGAUUCGUAAAGUUUUUGCACCGGAUAUUUCUGGUUCUCAAGGCAGUGUUGCUACAUUCAAUGAAAGUUUAGAUUUAUUUUUUCAAGAUUACAAUUUAAUUCCUUUGUUUGUUGAAGAAAAUUAUCUUAAUGUUAGAGUUCAUAAUACCCAUGACGAUAAAAAAAUUUUGCAAUUAAUGUCUCAAGCAGCGUCUGACAUCGCCACGGCAGAUAUCAUUUCAUCUACUAUCAGAUCAUCACGUACGGGAUCAUGGUCUUUAUUACCUAUUCAAGGUGUGUUCAGUACAGUUUCACCUGGUCGUACUCUUCGUGGCUCAUUACCUGGUGGCCCAGGUGGUGUUUCAUUUCCUUCUUGGUUUGGUAAGAACAGUACACAAAGCCGUAUCAAUCGGACUACUUCGGAAUUAGCUGCACAUUUACGAUUAGCAACUCAUUGUGGUUCAUCAAAUCCGCUUACAUUAUUGCUAGAUUAUGCUACACCAAUCUCUGAACUUAUCACUCGUCCACUUAAAGAAGGUGAUAUUGACAGUGCUAUUCAAUUUCUAAUUAAUUAUCAAAUAACAAGAGAAGAUGUUGAUUCUAUAAUGGAAUUAACUACUUGGCCGAAUCGACCAAAUCGAAUGCUUAGUGUUGAUUCAAAAGUCAAAGCUGCAUUAACACGUACGUAUAAUAAAUCAUCGCAUUUACUACCGUAUGUCAUCUCAUCAAGUGGUUCCUUUAAACGUAAACGUGGUGGUGGUGCUCCAGUUUCAUUUGAAGGGGAAAUUGAAAAUGAUUCUGGUCUAUUCGACGAUGAUGAAGAAGAAGAACAGGAAGACGAGAAAGUCGACCUGAAGAAUGAUGCCAUGAUUUUAAUUAAAAAGGAUGAUCCAAAAAAGCGCAUAAAUACUCAGAAAUCCAAAUUACAACGAGGAGAUCAAUGUUCAUCCUCUGAUAGCAACAAUAGCAAAGAACGUGGUCGAGGUCGUGGUCGCGGUAGAGGUAGAGGUAGAGGGAAAGAUUGAAACACAUAUACAUACAUUCAUUCGUUAGUUGUUAUUCUUACGGUUUCGAUAGCAUUUCAUCUCAUCACUAAACGCUGUAUAAAAGAUAAACAAAUCUAUUUGUUUGUUUGUUUGUUUUUUAUUGAAAAUAAGAAAUAUAUAUUUUUAACUUUACUCUGCCAUUGUUUAUUAAAUAGAUUCUAUUUUUUCGUAACUUAUUGGGUUAAACUGCAUUGCUCUAUUGUUCAACAUCAGAUUAUAGAUUCAAUAAAUGUAAUUGUAUUAUUUGUUUUUGCUCUUUUGUCUACUAAAUUCUGCUUGUUUGUACUUGUAUGUUGUUGCAUGAUAUUACAAAUGUCAUAUCUGAUCUGGCAAAAUAGUAUCAGGUGAAUGUGUUUAUUUUUGUUGUCUGUUCAUUUAUAAUCUUACGAAUUCUAAGUCAUUUUAGUUCAAUUCAAAUCCAACCAUAAAAUAGUCUGAACUAUACUAUAUGCUUUUAAUCAGUAACUUAUCUUAGACAUGUAAUAAACUGAUUACAUAUCGAUUUAGUUAUCUGUUAUUGGUAAGCUUUAAUAACUGUUGAGCUAAUAAAAAUUGGUGACUAAUGUACACAAUAUCCGAUCACUCAUACAGUUCAUUUGAAUCUUCAAGCAUUUAAAUUCUUUUAUUUGUAAAUGUUUUAAUCUUCACGUUGUUAAUUUUAAGGACUAUGAUUGGUCAGUGUCUAUUGGCAUAUGUACAUUCUUAGCAGAUUGUCUCGCUAUUGCCAUUAAGUAACAAGUUUUUUUUAAAACAAAGUUAGAUAUUGGGUAGCGGUGGAAUCCAAGACGCGCGUUUAAUCGCAUUUGAUACUCUUCCAUUGUAUGUACUUAGAUUCUAGUGUGAAUACCUACUCUGGGACUUCAAUCCGAUGUCUUUCACUUCAAAUACCCAAUCAGUUAUCCGCUUAGCUAGUGAGUUCUUUGGCGUUUAUUAGAUAAUACUUGUAAUCCCUCUUGUAAAGUGACUAGUUUACUAAUCGAGUGGAUCAUUUGUUUGCUUUGGGUUUUACCACUUGAUAGCUUAUUUAUUUUAUUAAUCUACUUUUUCGUUUUACGGCUCUACCACAAUCAACAAAGCUGCUAAAUGCUUCCUCUUUUGGAAUGGCUGUAUUACUAAAACUAAUCCACAAUGUAAAUUGUGGUAGUCAUAUUUUUCAAUACAAUUCGUUCCUUAUUAUCGUAUCAACUUACUCCAUUAUAUUUGGGAAUCUUUGUUGUUUCAGUCGGAUGUUGUGUGUUUAGUGCCAUUGAUGCUUUUACUUUAUUUCUAAAAUGUACAGAUCUAUACUACACAGCUUUAUGUCACAUUAACUGUAUGGGAGAUGUAGUAUUAACUAGCCCCUCCCCCCGAAUAGAAAUAGGCGGAGUGGAUUCAGAACGGGUAACCUGUUGACCAAAAGCCGAUAGCUCAAAAUACUCAGCAACUACUACUGCACAAAUGUAUAUGUUUAUUGAUUAAAUCAUAUACAAUAUGUCGGAAUCAAUUCUCGUUAGUAUAAAACAGAAAACUAAUUGAUUAGUAUUUGUUUAUUGUUUGAUUUUGUGAUCAAUUUUCUUUAAGUUUAAGCUAAACGUAUUGGUUCAAUGAGUGAAACAUUCGAUUAUUGACUACUGGGUUAUGGUUUUGAAUCCCAAUUCACUUACGGCACUUUAAACAGAAGAGGAUUAUUAAUUGUUAUUAUCCCGAGAAAUUGUGGCUCAAAAUUGAGUUUAUAAAUAUUAACUUAGUCAAUAAGUUGCUGCAAAAUUUGUCAGAAAUUC